CCAGGGUGACUUAUCCAAAGGGAAGCGCGUUGGACUAACUCAGGCACCACAAGGAGGAGAGAAUGGGAGUGAGAAAAGGGGGGAAAAUGAAGUAAAAGCUAUAUAAAAUGAUAACAGCCGUAUUUUGUUAUUUGGGGAUGCGGCAGCGCUCGCUUCUCCUGAACAUGGAGGUUCUGCUGAAAAGCGAUGCAACAAAUACCUUCCAGCCAACAAGCAGUUAAUUUCUUCCCUGGAAGGCGGGGGGCGUGGCUUAAGGGCGCCGUGCCCUCGCCCUGGCGCACCGUGAUGGCGUCACGAGCGCGCCGCCCCUUUAUUGACGCUCCGCGCGUCGCCGCAGCAGCACAGCGUCUCCAAAACAGACAAGAUGGCGGCGCUGCGGGCAAGCGGCGUGCGGGCCGCAGCUCUCCUCAGACCCGGCCUGGCCCGGCCCCUGCCUCCGCCGGCCGCGGGCUACCACGAGAAGGUUGUAGAUCAUUACGAGAAUCCCAGGAAUGUCGGCUCCCUGGACAAGAGUGCAAAGAAUGUGGGGACUGGCCUUGUGGGGGCUCCAGCCUGUGGUGAUGUCAUGAAAUUGCAAGUUGAGGUGGACGAAAAUGGAAAAAUCGUUGAUGCCAGGUUUAAGACGUUUGGCUGCGGGUCAGCAAUUGCUUCAAGUUCUUUGGCGACUGAGUGGGUGAAAGGGAAGACGGUUGAUGAAGCCUUGAAGAUAAGAAACACUGAUAUUGCUAAAGAACUCUGCCUCCCGCCAGUAAAGCUGCACUGCUCAAUGCUGGCAGAAGACGCCAUCAAGGCUGCCUUAGCGGACUACAAGUUGAAACAGGGCCCGAAGACCACUGAACCUGACAAAAAUGCAGCCAGUGUGUAGGGCUCCUUCCCAUCAGGAUCUGGAAGCCUGCUUCCCUUCAUUCCACUUGUAGCCUCAGUGCAAUUUUCAAGAUACAUCGUUUUGGAAAGACGCACAUCUCAUACGCACAAUGUUAAGACUGUACUACAGCCAACAGGAUAGACUGGCCUCGCUGCAGCUUUUUGCUCUCGGCUUCUUUUCCUUAAUCUGUGUGUGAAAGAUCUUUAUCUGGGAAUUUCUCUGUGGCCUUAGGAUGGCCACUAAAGGGGAAUUAAAGCUGUCUCUUAGUUACAAGGAAAAGCCCCGGUGCCAUUUCAAGUAUGAUUUUUGAGUCCCUAUGAAGAAGCAAUGAUGUAUGACACCCCAAAGUUCUCCCUCUGCAGAUAGAUGUACAGCAGCGUGGUAGCUCUUCAGGGCCAACAGGACUUGCCGCUGCAUUUCUGGUCAUUGUUUUAAGGGUAACAGCAGUGUGGUUUUAUGUUGCUGGUUUCACAUUCCCCUAACAUGAGGGAGAAACCUGACAAGUGCAGGAUAGCUGUCGCUGUUUUGUUAUUUUCCAGGUUGGAAUCUAAAGAAAGGAGAAUAUUUUGCUUCGACCUGUUAACGCACACAUUUCAGAUUUAUUUGCUGUUCAGCCUGUGCUAUAUAUGCAGAAAUAAUAUAUUUGUGUUCUACAGCA